AUGGCGUUGAGCGCACGUACUUCAAGAGCUCUGCGAGCUGUGAAGCCCUCGGCGGCUCGUCCCUUUGCUUCUGUGCAAGCAUGCAGCUACUCAUCGUCCUCCGAGCCGGAUCUCAAGGAGACUUUCAAGAAGGUUCUGCCUGCUAAGCGGGAGCUGCUCAAGAAAGUCAAGGCACAUGCCGACAAGGAGCUCGGCGUGGUCAAGGUGGAGAACACCUUGGGUGGAAUGAGAGGAUUGAAGGCCAUGGUCUGGGAGGGCUCAGUGCUUGACGCAAAUGAGGGUAUCCGAUUCCACGGCAAGACCAUCAAGGACUGCCAGCAGGAGCUUCCCAAGGGCACCUCCGGCACCGAGAUGCUUCCAGAAGCCAUGUUCUGGCUGUUGCUUACCGGCGAGGUCCCAUCCGUUUCUCAGACCCGUGCACUUUCACGAGAGCUGGCUGAAAAAGCUGGCAUUCCCAAGUUCGUAGAGAAGAUGCUUGAUGACUUCCCCAAGGACCUGCACCCGAUGACACAGUUCGCUUGCGCAGUCUCAGCAUUGAAUUACGAGUCCAAGUUUGCGAAGGCAUACGAGAAGGGUAUCAAUAAGGUCGACUACUGGGAGCCGACUUUCGAUGACUGCAUUAGUCUGCUUGCAAAGCUGCCCACCAUCGCUGCCAAGAUCUACCAGAACGCCUACCGCGGCGGAGGCGCGCUACCAGCUGAUGUCGAUGUGAAUCAGGAUUGGGCGUACAACUUUGCUGCUAUGCUGGGCAAGUCCGGAAAGGAAAACGAAGGCUUCCAGGACCUUCUUCGUCUGUAUCUUGCCCUCCACGGUGACCACGAGGGAGGCAACGUCUCUGCCCACGCCACACAUCUCGUCGGCAGCGCGCUUAGCGAUCCCUUCCUUUCGUACAGCGCUGGUCUCCAGGGUCUGGCGGGACCUCUCCACGGUCUGGCGGCUCAAGAGGUGCUUCGCUUCAUUCUAGACAUGCAGAAGUCGGUCGGCACCAGCUUUACCGAGGGCGACGUGACAGAAUUUCUUUGGGGUGUCCUUAAGUCUGGACGUGUGAUCCCAGGAUACGGUCACGCAGUUCUGAGGAAGCCAGACCCGCGUUUUGAGGCUCUGAUGGAUUUUGCCGACGCGCGGCCAGACAUCGCGAAGAACCCAGUCUACCAGCUUGUCAAGAAGACUUCCGAGGUCGCGCCUGGCGUCCUUACUGAGCACGGCAAGACCAAGAACCCGUACCCCAACGUUGAUUCCUCCUCUGGUGUGCUCUUCCACCACUACGGCUUCCACGAGACGCUGUACUACACUGCAACCUUCGGUGUCAGCCGUGGUCUAGGACCUCUCGCACAACUCAUCUGGGAUAGGGCAUUGGGUCUGCCCAUAGAGCGUCCCAAGAGCAUCAACCUUGAGGGUAUCCUGAAGCAGGUCGGCGCAUGA